UUAUGCUGAGAGAUUCCUGAAGGAGGUGUAUUGGGGCGGUGGGUUAAAAGUGAAUGGUUUGGGUACAAAGGGAUUCUUGUUUCAGAGACCUCUGAUUGGUUUGGGGGGAGGUUCUCAAACUCCCGGCACUCUGCCUGGGAAUCUAACAGUGUCUAUAAAGGCUGCUGAUCACUCCACAGUUCAGACUGAUUUCCUGCACACAAGCUGUGUUUAUUCUCAAUAGGAAAAUGGUUAGUCGAAUUGAGCAUCCGGCUGGUGGCUACAAGAAAAUCUUUGAGACAUGUGAAGAGUUGAAUGAGCCUAUUCCUGCUGUGGUUGUAGGUGUGAUCCCAGAAUGGCUGAGUGGCAGUCUGUUGCGUCUUGGACCCGGCCUGUUCGAGGUGGGGGCUGAGCCUUUCUACCACCUCUUUGAUGGCCAGGCCCUCAUGCACAAGUUUGACCUAAAGAACGGUCACGUGACAUACUAUCGGAAAUUUGUCAAAACCGAUGCCUAUGUGCGAGCCAUGACAGAGAAAAGAGUGGUCAUCACUGAGUUUGGAACAGCAGCCUACCCAGAUCCUUGCAAAAAUAUCUUCUCAAGGUUUUUCACCUACUUCAAAGGGAUUGAGGUGACAGAUAAUUGCUUAGUGAACGUGUACCCAGUUGGUGAGGAUUUCUAUGCCUGCACAGAAACCAACUACAUCACCAAAGUCGACCCAGACACAUUGGAGACUCUGAAAAGGGUGGACCUGUGUGACUACCUCUCGGUCAAUGGAGUGACAGCUCAUCCACACAUUGAAAGUGACGGAACGGUGUACAACAUUGGGAACUGUUUUGGGAAGAAUAUGUCACUGGCCUACAACAUUGUCAAAAUUCCUCCCACACCGAAAGAUAAGUCAGAUCCCAUUGCAAAGUCCAAGGUUCUUGUGCAGCUCCCCAGCAGUGAGAGAUUCAAGCCUUCCUAUGUUCACAGCUUUGGAAUGACGGAAAACUACUUUGUCUUCGUUGAGACUCCAGUGAAGAUAAACCUUCUAAAAUUCUUGACCGCUUGGAGCAUCUGGGGCACAAAUUACAUGGAUUGCUUUGAGUCAAACGAAACCAUGGGCACAUGGUUCCAUCUGGCUACAAAGGACCCAGCUGAAUACAUAGAGCAUAAAUUCAGGACUUCUGCCUUCAAUCUCUUCCAUCACAUCAACAGCUAUGAGGAUGAUGGCUUCAUCGUUGUUGACCUGUGUACUUGGAAAGGUCAUGAGUUUGUCUACAACUACCUAUAUCUGGCCAAUCUGCGGGAGAACUGGGAGGAAGUGAAGAAAGCUGCUAUGAGGGCACCUCAGCCAGAGGUCCGGCGAUACGAUCUGCCCAUGGACGUCUACAAGGAGGAACAGGGGAAGAAUCUGAUAUCCCUUCCGUACACCACAGCCACUGCAGUGAUGCGCAGCGAUGGAACCAUCUGGCUGGAGCCUGAGGUUCUGUUUUCUGGACCACGACAAGCUUUCGAGUUCCCUCAGAUCAACUACAGUAAGUUCUCUGGGAAGAACUACAGCUAUGCCUAUGGACUGGGCCUGAACCACUUCAUCCCUGACAGGAUUUGCAAACUGAACGUGAAGACUAAGGAUACGUGGGUGUGGCAGGAGCCAGACUCUUACCCCUCAGAGCCCAUCUUUGUGCAGACCCCAGGUUCUGUGGAAGAAGAUGACGGGGUGUUGUUGAGCAUCGUGGUGAACCCUGGAGCAGACCAGAGGCCAGGGUACCUCCUCAUCCUCAAUGCCAGAGACCUGACAGAGAUCGCACGGGCUGAGGUGGAGGUCAUCAUCCCUGUCACCUUCCAUGGAAUGUACAAGCCUUAGGACUACAUUCAACACAUCUACAAUACCACUCCACAGGAGAAAGGGACAAUCAUAAUACUAAAACCUUUGUUGGCGAUGUUUAAAAACAAAAAAAAAUAUAUAUAUAUAUAUCACUGAUGUAGCCUGUUCGUGGCAUAGUUUCAAAGUCAAUGUUGUGAUAGACACUGUACAAAAGUAUGUGGACAGCCCUUCAAAUUAGUGGAUUCGGCUAUUUCAGCCACAUCCGUUGCCGAAAGGUAUAUAAAAAUCGCGCACACUGCCAUGCAAUCUCCAUAGACAAACAUUGGCAGUAGAAUGGCCUUACUGAAGAGCUCAGUGAGUUUCAAUGGGGCAUCCUGCCAUCAUAGGAUGCCACCUUUCCAACAAGUCAGUCAAAUUUCUUUCCUGUAAUGAGCUGCCCCGGUGAACUGUAAGGGCUGUUAUUGUAAAGUGGAAAUGUCUAGGAGCAACAACGGCUCAGCCGUGAAGUGGUAGGCCACACAAGCUCACAGAACAGGACCGACUGAAGCACGUAGCGUGUAAAAUCAUCUGUUGCAACAAUAACACCCGAGUUCCAAACGGCCUCUGAAAGCAAUGUCAGCACAAGAACUGUGUUCUCUGGAGUGAUGAAUCACGCUUCACCAUCUGGCAGUCCGACGGACAAAUCUGGCUUUGGAGGAUGCCAGGAGAACUCUACCUGCCCAAAUCCAAUGCAUAGUGCCAAAUGUGAAGUUUGGUGGAGGAGGAAUAAUGGUCUGUGGCUAUUUUUCAUGGUGUGGGCUAGUUCCCCUUAGUUACAGUGAAGGGAAAUCUUAACGUUACAGCAUAAAAUUACAUUCUAGAUGAUUCCGUGCUUCCAACUUUGUGACAAGUUUGGGGAAGGCCCUUUCCCGUUUCAGCAUGACAAUACCCCUGUGCACAAAGCGAGGUCCAUACAGAAAUGGUUUGUCAAGAUCGGUGUGGAAGAACUUGACUGGCCUGCACAGAGCCCUGACCUCCACCCCAUCGAAGACAUUUGGGAUGAAUUGGAACGCCGACUGCAAACCAGGCCUAAUUGCCCAACAUCAGUGCCAGACCAUACUAAUGCUCUUGUGGCUUAAUGGAAGCAAGUCCCCAACAUCUAGUGGAAUACCUUCCCAGAAGACUGGAGGCUGAUAUAGCAGCAAAGUGGUGACCAACUCCAUAUUAAUGCCCAUGAUUUUGGAAUGAGAUGUUCCACAAGCAGGUGUCCACAUACUUUUGGUCAAGUGUUGUAUCUGUCAUAACUCUGACCUAAAGGCCUAGUGCUCGUUAGCUUUAAUGGAACCAUGUACAAUGCCUUUAGAAAGUAUUCACACACCUUGACUUUUCCAACAUUUUGUUACAGCUUGAAUUUAAAAUAGAUUAAAUUGUGUGUCACUGGCCUACAUAUAACAAUUCAAUUUUGACAUGGGGUAUCGAAAUGUUAACCCCUUUAAGGCAAGCCUAAAUGUGUCACAAGUUGCAUGUACUCAUCCUGUGUGCAAUAGUGUAACGUCUCUCAGUCGAGCACUUUCAUUUCAAACACAGAUUAACCCAAAGACCGGGGAGGUUUUCCAAGGGCACCUAUUGGUAAUGGGUAAAACAAAAAAGCAGACAUUGAAUAUCCUUUUGAGCAUGGUAAAGUUAUUAAUUACACUUUGGUUGUAUUGAUACACCAUCCAGUCAUACAAAGAUACUAACUCAGUUGCCGUAGAGGAAGGAAACUGCUCGGUGAUUUCACCAUGAGGCCAAUGGCAACUUUAAGAGUUUAAUGGCUGUAAUAGAACUGAUGGAUCAACAACAUUGUAGUUACUCCACAACACUAACCUAAAUGAGUGAAAAGGAAGCCUGUGCAGAAUAAAAUUAAUCCAAAACAUGGAUCCUGUUUGCAACAAAGUAAAACUGCGGCAAAGAAAUUAACUUUGUCCUGAAUAAAAAGUGUGUUUGGGGCAAAUCUAUCAUCAGUAACACUCCAUAUUUUCAAGCAUGGGGCAGGCUGCAUCAUGUUAUGGGUAUGCUUCUCGGCAAGGACUAGGGAGUUUUUUUUUUUUUAGAGAAACCUGGUUGUCUGCUUUCCAAGAGACAUGGAGACAAAUUCACCUUUCAGCAGGACAAUAACCUAAAACACAAGGCCAAAUAAACACUGGAGUUGCUUACCAAGACGACAUUGAAUGUUCCUGAGUGACCUAAUUACAGUUUCGCCUUAAAUCUUUGGCAAGACUAGAAAAUGGCUGUCUAGCAAUGAUUAACAACCAACUUGACAGAACUUGAGUAUUUAAUAUUGUACACUCUAGGAGAGCAAAACUCUUGAUGUAUCCAGAAAGACUCGGCUGUAAUCGUUGCCCAAAGUUAUUCUAACAUGUAUUGACUCGGGUGUAUUUCUGUAUUUCAUUUUUAAAUACAUGUUUUCCCUUUGUCAUUAUGGAGUAUUGUGUGUAGAUGGGUAUUUAAUACAUUUUGAAUUCAGGCUGUAACAAAAUGUGUAAAUAAGUCAAGGGGCAUGAAUACAUUCUGAAGGCACUAUGUAAGAAUUAAGACACAACAAUUUCUUUUGCCUUCUAUGGUACAUGUUUCAAGUUGUAUUUACACAUUCUGCUACUUUUAUACAAAUAAACAAAAUUGCAUUGAAUGUUA